AUGUCUCUUAAGUUCACCGUCCAUAGUGCAGUAUGCAAUCCUCAAGAGACUGGCUUCGAAUCACGCUUCGUCCUGCUGCUUGGCCACCUGAGUAACGUUGAAUUGUACCUGUGUGUGUUUUUCCGCAGGCUCCACCGGGCCCAGUGCGCCAUUAAGCAGACUCAGGUAACCGUUCAGAAAAUAGGAAGGGAGAUUGAAGAGAAACUGAGGCUUACGUCUACAAGCAACGAACUGAAAAAAGAGAGUGAGUGUUUACAGUUGAAGAUUCUGGUGCUUCAGAAUGAGCUAGAGAGGCAGAAAAGAGCCCUGGGCCGGGAAGUAGCCUUACUGCAUAAGGAACAAAGGGCACUACUUGAAAGAGGAAAAGUGUUCGAAGAAGAACAUUCAAAGCUCCUCUUAGAUAAGGAACCUCUACAAGAAUUAAGGAAAGAAUGCACUGCCAAGAGAGAGCAGUUCUUGAAGACCAAUGCUCAGCUGACCAUCAGGCGGAGGCAACUGCUCUCAGAGCUUUCCUGUAUUUAUCCGAUUGAUACGAACGAUCAAGAACAUUAUUUUAUUUGUGGAGUGAAGCUGCCCAAUUCUGAAAACUUCCAAGCAAAGGAUGAUGGGAGCAUUGCCGUCGCUCUGGGCUAUACGGCUCACCUGGUCUCCAUGAUUUCCUACUUCUUGCAAGUACCACUCAGGUAUCCCAUCAUUCACAAGGGCUCCCGGUCGGCCAUCAAAGAUAACAUUAAUGACAAACUGACUGAGAAAGAAAGAGAAUUUCCGCUCUAUCUAAAAGGAGGAGAGAAACUACAGUUUGAUUACGGUGUCUUCCUUUUGAACAAAAAUAUUGCGCAGCUUAGAUACCAACAUGGGCUGGGGACUCCAGAUUUAAGGCAGACCCUUCCUAACCUGAAAAACUUCCUGGAGCACGGCCUCAUGGUUAGAUGUGAUCGCCACAAUGUUUCCAGCGCCAUCCCUGUUCCAAAGAGACAAGGUUCUACCUUUGGGAGUUUGGAUGUCGGCUUUUCCGGCAACCACUCUUCUCCGGACAAAGGACUUCGCAAACGGGCUAACUCAGAGAACGAGAGACUGCUGCGCAAGUCCCAACUGCCGAGUCCCAACUCAGCUGUCACCCAACCGAUCGCCAUCGCGGGAGAGGCGGAAAAAACGGCAAUCUCCUUAUCCUCCUCCUUAGAUACCUCCAUCGACUUAUCAAAAGAGAGGAGCAAAACGGGAGAGGAUUCGCGGCUCGACGUCAACGGCGAGAACAGGAGCUCGAGUGGUUCCCGGAAUCCUCCAGAAGCUCUCCGGGGACCUUCACGUGCUGUCAACGGCACCCCGUUCUCCGGCGAGCAGCCCGGGACCGCUGCCGCUCACGAGCGGCCCAGCAUCUUCUGCGGUGCGCUGGGCGCCGACCUCCUUUGUACUGUGGAGCAGGCGGAAGAGAUCAUGGGUCUGGAGGCCAUGGGAUUCGGUUCAGGAGACCAACUGGCGGCCUUCAACUACAUCCCGGUGGAUCACGCGGUGGCUGUGGAAUGUGACGAUCAAGUCUUGGGGGAAUUUGAGGAGUUCUCCCGUAGGAUCUACGCCCUGAACAAGGACACCCCCACCUUCCGCCGGCCGCGGAAAGGCUCUGAUAAGUAGCGGGGGGUGGGUGCGUGUCGCCAAGAGGAAAAUGUGUAUCUGGAGUUGGAGAUAAACCUUGCACGUGUCGUCCUAAUCGGUUGCGGUAGGGACAGUCUCCAAACUUAGCGGCUGGAAGACUAGUGGAUUUCAACUCCCAUAAUUCCCCAGCCAAUUGGCCUGGGAAUUCUGGGAGUUGAAGUCCAAUAGGGAAGAAAGUUGCUACCGUUUUGGAAGGAAGUACAGAAGACCUCCCUCAAUGACCCCGUGGGUCAGAAUCUGCUUCUUUUAACCACCCCCUCUCAUCCCCCACGAUCACCCCUUCCUUCCCCGAAUUUUUAAUCCUCACAAAUUUCUUGAUCCUUUGCGUUACGGGUUUUUCCCCCUCAAGUUUUAUUCUUUCCAUCCUUUCAGGAGAAAUUAGGUCAAGCUUUUGCUGGCUUACCAGCAAGGCUUGGGUGUCUUCUCACUUGUGUUCUUGUUGCUUUCAGCCAAGCAGCCUCACACUUUCUGGUUGAGAGGCCCACACUGUGUGUUUGUGUUGUUGUUUUUCUGGGGAAGCAGCUGAUUCAACGGUAGGAAGACCUGUCACUCAGGAAGCCUGGGUAAAACUCCCAGUCCUGGGCCUCUUUCCUUCUUAUUUCCUUCCUUCCCUCCCCUCCCUCCCUCCCCUCCUUCCUUCCCUCCU